GGGGCAAGUGUGGGAGAGGCAGAAGGGUGUGUGCUCACAUGAACUACUCGUGCCCUUCUGCGUGUGUGCCACUAGUCUCUUUCGGGUAGAGAAUAGAAAAGUUGGGGCAAAGUCUGAGUCAGCUCCAGCAGCUACCAGACAGUCACAGCAACUCCCUCCACAGUGACAGGUUUCUUCUCUCUCUUUUUUUUUGCUGCUCUCUCACUCAUUCACUCUCUCUCCCUUUCACACACACACAUACACACACACACACACACACACACACACACACACACACACACACACACAUACACACACACACACACACACACACACACCAACCGUUACUCGUGGCAGAGGGAAGACAGGACCACAGGAGAACUGUUACACACCUUUACUCCUAAGCUCCUCAACAAGCCAUCACCAGACGCUUUGCCCAGGAUGUGGACGCUUCUCUUGGGGGUCACCUUUGGAUUACUGGCCUCCUCCAGGUCGGACCAACUUGAAGUGAAUUCUCGCAGCUGCAGCUAUGCCGGGGUAUUUCUGGCUGAGGGGGAAAGCCGUCACUCCCUGACCUUUGACAUGGCUCAAAAGGUGUGUGAGAAGCUGCAGAGCAUCUUGGCGAGUCCACAACAAGUCCAGGAGGCCUUUGAUAAAAACAUGGAGACAUGCAGGAAUGGCUGGACCAGCAAUCUGAGCACUGCCAUCCUCAGACAAACACAGCAUGAAAACUGUGCAAAGAACGCGACUGGCUUGAUUAUUUAUCCACGUGAAAAUGGUGAUGAAGGCAAUGAUGCCUAUUGCUAUGAUGAAACAGCUGGGCCUGAGAAGAACUGUACAGAAGCCUUUCAAGUAAAAAACUUAGAUGCACCAGAUGCAGGCUCACCCCAGCCUCAGGCCUCAACAACAGCAGAAGGCCAGGAAGUAAACACACGACCCGAGGACGCUUCUGGCAGUGAUCCCACGCCAGCCCCUGGGAAAGAGGUAAUAGAAAGUACCCUGUCAGCCACCACUCCUUUCAUAGAAUUGAGUCUAUACGAGCCAGAGGCUACCACUGAAGACACAGCUGAGGAAGAAACCGACAAUGUCACUCUCACACCUGGAGAGUUUGACCAGUCCACUGGAUCUGGGAUGAUGCCAUCCGUCUCUGGGGAGGUGGACGCUUCUUCAACGGCACCUGUAGGAGAGCCAGAGCAAAAACAACCUACCACUGAAAAUGAGCAGCAGAAAGGAGAAAUAGUGCCCGGAACAGAGUCUACACCACAACACCCUAAUGACAAGGGACGGGUACAGGGUACUGCUGUGCCUGAGCCUAAUCAGAAGGAGAGCGGCGGUUCAUUGAACUGGCUGGUGAUCCUUGGAGUGAUUGUGGCAGUUGCUGCUAUUCUUCUCGUGUGUGUGGCUAUUGCCAAAAGAAAGAGCUGGUGCGGCACAAAGCAGACCCUGAUUAUCACAUCCAAAGACGGCGGCGAGGGGAACGGUGCUGCAGCAUCAGCAUCCAGCUCCCACGCCCAGGAGAGAGAGCAGGAAAUGGUGACCCUCAUGAACAAGGAGAAGAUCCAGGAGAACGGCAACACGGAGGAGUUCACCGUCAUCAAGCUAGAGGAGUCGCCAGAGAAAGAGCAGCUGGCAUGAGACAUGAGUGUAGAGGUAGACAGGGAAGAGUAGGUGAGGAUAGGGAGGGUUAGAGUGAGGAUGGUUGGGGGGGGUUAGGGCUAUGGGCUCCAAACACUGGGGGUAAAAACUGCUUUGUGAGGGUGUGUUAUUGUGUUAUUGAGAAAGAUUGUCUAACUGAGGUACAAAGUAUUGUACUGGGUCUGAAGCUGUUGACUCUCAGUAGGUCCUUCAAACCAACAUGUGCAGCAUUUUGUUUGUGUGGUAUGCCAGGUUAGCUAGGACUGAAUGGCGGUCAAAGAGUGUCAUGCAUGGUGGGGUAUCAUGCAUUGGUGCAUAGCAGGCUGUGUGAAUGUGUUUGAUGUGUUUGUGUUUGAUGACAGGGCUGGAUAGACAUGGGUUUUAAAGGGAGCGGGUGGGGAGGGUCACAUUUGUAAAGAACAAAUUGAUGAAAAACAUUUUAGAGAAUUGGUGGAUCCUAAAUUGUAGGCCCUUCAAGCCAUAAUGGGAAAUAAUAAAUCAAUGAUUAGAACUGGAUCAUUUUGUUUGAGAUACUGAAAAAAAUAUUAUCUUGAGCAAAACAACCCAUGAUGUUUUAUUUCUCUGUUUUGUUCGCUUAUUGUUAUAACCUUGUGUAUAUUUCAGACAUUACCUGUGGACUGGAGUUUUUUUUCUUUUUCUUUUUCAAGACAACUGGGGAUGUCACAUAAUUUAUGCAGCUUUGAUUCCCUUUUUCUUGUUGCCUGUAUAUAAAGUAUAUGUUUUGGAAAUACCUUAGCAAUAGCUGCCAGUGCUUUUUGUUUUUUGGUAGAAAGGGGGCUUUGUUUCCUUUUUAAAUAAAGGUAUGUGUCAUUUUUUGAGAGCUAUUUAAUUAGAAAACAGUACAUCUGAUGUAAACAAUUGUGAAUAGAUUUUUGCAAUAGUCAAAGUGGAGUGGAUAUUGUAUGAAUCAACUUGAUGUAUAGCAUCCAAUACUGUGCAAUUGAUGCACCAUUGAAGUCAGUUAUUAUGGUAUACAUUUAUAUUUGGUUGGGAAAAUGAUGAUAUGAAGUCCCUGAUGUUAUCCUGAGGAUAAGUAGAACGAUUAAGAUGAUGUACUGUAUACAUACUAUAUACACAGUGUGUACAUUGACUAAGAAAAAAGAUAGAGAAAAAUUAAUAAUUGGAUACAUUAAUCAUUUUUUGAAUUGGUAAGAGCAAAACACACAUUUCCUGCCGUGACAAUGUGAGUGACAGCAACCUAGCUUUAGAUGCUAAACUACGUGGCACAUAUGAUAAUGGGGGGCCCAUUUGCUGUAAACACAUAGCAAUGUAAAGGUUUUUUCAUAAGAAAGGGGCUGUAACAACGUCGUCUGUGUGCUCCCGAGGGGGAGGGGUGUGAUAAAUGAUGCUUGUGUGCUUGCCCAGGCCUAAAUGUACAUUUCACACAUGUAAACAAAAUGCUGCAGUUUUUCUACUGACCUUCUCAUUGGUGAAAUAUAUCAUACAUUGUGUCAUAUCAAUAUUAUUCCCUGUGUGACAGCUAAUUCUUCCUGGUUCAGUAUGAAAACGCUGAAUUACAUACAGCGAUUGCAAACUGUUCUGUUUCUGACUUGUUCCGUUUUUUUUCUCUUACUUUUGCUCUUAUGAUUCAAUUUGAUGAGAAGUAGCAAAUGUACUCGUGUAGGCAGGUUUUAUGACAAAUUUGCAAAAUAUGUUGCUGAAAAGCUUUGUAAAGUCAUGAACAAAAAUAAAUGUGUAUAGAAAGAUGG